AUGGCGGCGCGGCUGAGCCGGGCGGGCCUGCCGGUGCCGGACGGAUGGGCGGGGCACCGGAGAGGGCCGGGGGUGGAAUCGAGCGACGAGGAGAGCGACGAUGAGGUCGGGAAUGAGAAGAUUGUUAAGCCUGGGAUGGAUGGCGACAAGGCGCGAGAUGGGGGUAAUCUGGCGGUGGAAGAAGGAUCGGGAGGUGGAUUAGCGACUAUGGAGGCUAAUGGGAAUGACGGCAUUGGGUUUGGACAUGGUGUGCGAGCUGGAUCAGCAGCUGUGGAGGCUAAUGGGAUUGAUGGCAGUUGUUUUGGAGCUGGGGGAGGAGAUGGCGGUGAAGCGAAUUUGGGUGAGAGUGGGAGUGAGGAAUGUUCGGAAGGUGCCCAGGAUUGGGGCCUGGAGGACAUCGAAGAGGCUAAGGCACGCCGCACGGAGGUGUCUGACAGCGAGGAGGGGGGCGACGGGCCUUGUAAGGGGAUGGCGCUGCCGGUUGGCCCCCACCGGGUGGUGCACGUGACAAGGCCACCAGAGGUGGAGGAGGCGAGGAUGGGGCUGCCCGUGGUGGGGGUGGAGCAGGAAUUCAUGGAGGCGGUCACUCACAACGAUGUGGUGGUGGUGUGCGGGCAGACGGGCUCAGGCAAGACCACGCAGGUGCCACAGUUCUUAUAUGAGGCUGGGUAUGGGUGUAGGGACUUCCAUGAGAGAGGGGGCGCGAUUGGCAUCACACAGCCUAGGAGGGUGGCUGCCACCAGCACUGCUAAGAGAGUUGCCCAUGAGCUGGGGACCCAGGUCGGCGACCUGGUUGGCUACCAGGUUCGCCAUGACCGAUGUGUCGGCACCGGGACAGCCAUCAAAUUCAUGACUGAUGGCAUUCUAAUGCGUGAACUCCAGCAUGACUUCCUCCUUCGAAAGUACAGCGUUCUGGUUGUGGAUGAGGCCCACGAGCGCAGCCUCAACACUGACCUCCUGCUGGGGAUGCUGUCCAGGAUCGUCCCACUCAGACGAAAACUGGCGACAGGGGCUUCUGUCGAGGGUAAUGUUGACAGUGAAGUUGGCAAAGUGAGCGAUGGUAAGGAGGAUAUAACACCCCUGAAACUCAUAGUGAUGAGUGCCACACUCUGCAUCGAAGACUUCACUGCCAACACCCGGCUUUUCCCAACAGCCCCUCCUGUCAUAAACGUUUCAGCCAGGCAAUACCCUGUCACAGUGCACUUCAGCAAGAAGACGGAGAUGGUUGACUACGUGAGCGCUGCCUUUCGCAAGGUAUGCAGGAUCCACAGAGAACUGCCUGCCGGGGGUAUUCUGGUGUUCCUGACUGGGCAGAGAGAGGUGGAGCACAUGUGUGAGCGUCUCCGAAGGGCCUUCAGCAGCAAGGGCAGGGCGUCUGCUGGCAGGGAUCGCGGCAAAGCACAGAAUUCUGGCCCCGGUGGUGUGUUUAAGGAUGAGAUGAGGGAUAGGAAUGAAGAUGAAGCUUCUGGUGGUGGGAACAAUGGCAACUCUCAGAGCUUGGAACCUGUUGGGGCGUCCAAGGACGAAGUCGAACUUGAGGGCGAGGGAGAGAAGGACAGCAGCAGUGAUGGCUCCGAUUUUGAAGCUGAGCAGUAUGGGGCGGAUGCUGUGGAAGCUUUGAGGGGGCGUGGUGUGGGCGACCACUGGGGUGGCGAUGUGGAGGAUGAUGUUGACGACUAUGAGAGCAACGAGGAGGAAGAUGAGGAUGAAGAAAAGGUCCAGAUCCUGGGCGGGGAAGACGUGACGCCUGAGGAAGUCACAGCCCUGGAAAAGGCGUUUGAGGAGCGCUUUGGACUGCAGGCUGCCGGAGAGGCCAUUUCAGAGGCGAGGCACAAGCCAGUAACAGUGCUGCCGCUCUACGGACUGUUGCCAGCGUCCAAACAGGCAAAGGUGUUUGAAAGUCGUAGCGAUGGCUCCCGACUGAUCGUCGUCGCCACAAACGUGGCCGAAACCUCGAUCACGAUCCCUGGCAUUCGGUACGUGGUGGACAGCGGACGGUCGAAGCAGAAGAUCUUGGAGCCUGGGGGAGGUUCGGCUCGCUUUGAGGUUCGGUGGGUGUCCAAAGCGGCGGCGGACCAACGGGCUGGACGAGCAGGGCGUACUGUCCCUGGACACACCUACCGUUUGUAUUCUUCUGCCCACUUCAAUGACACGUUCCCUCAGCACACACCUCCAGAGGUGCUCAACACUCCACUGGAGGGGGUUGUGCUGCUCAUGAAAUCGAUUGGUGUGAACAAAGUCGUUAACUUCCCCUUUCCGACGCCCCCUGAUGAGACUGCACUGGCGUCAGCCGAGCGGGCGCUCACAGCUCUGUGUGCCCUGGACCCUGGGAAGGGCAGAAUCACCGAACUGGGGCGGAAAAUGUUGGCCUAUCCCCUCAGUCCCAGGCACUCACGGAUGAUUCUGGAAGCCUCGAAGCUGGAUGGGGAAACAGGGGGGCAGGUGAUGACCUAUGCCAUUGCAUUGGCAGCAGCAAUGAGCGAUGAGAGCCCAUUUGUGCAUAUUGAGAGCAUCGGCCAGGAAGGGGGUGUUCAGGCUGGGGUGACACCUGCUCAGGCACAGCUCCAAGCAGCAGAGAAGCGGAAACAUGCUCGCGCCUUGCACGAACAGUUCAGGUGUGAGGACAGUGAUGCUGUGGGCGCGCUGAGAGCCCUGUGUGCAUAUGAGCGGGCAGGAUGCAGGGAGGACUUCUGCAGACGGAACUUCAUGCACAGCCGAACCCUGCAUGAGAUGGCUGCCCUGCAUCGCCAGCUGAUGAGGGACCUGCUGAGGCAGCGGCUACCAGGUUCCGAGGGCCUCAUGGGCGAUGCGGUUGGGGGCACUGGCCUCACGAACCUUAUGGCUAAAGGCAUUGGCCUCAAGGACCCUGCUGGACGGAUCCUGAUCUGCCUGAAGAAGGCCAUUGCUGCGGGGUGGUGUGACCGGGUUGCGAGGCGUGUCCGGUCUGUGGAGUACCUCAAAAGGCUGAGGGAGGAGGGCAGGGCUGUGCGUGCUGUGCGGUACCAGUCCUGUGGCGUUGAAGAUCUCAUCUACAUGCACCCCCGCUCAAUGCUUCGCCACAGGGUGCCAGAAUUCGUGGUGUACACUGAAGUGCUGAGCAGCAAGAAGCGGCCGUACAUGUCAUGGGUGACGGCUGUGGAUCCCUCGUGGCUCCCAGAGAUCGGCACGCCCCUGUGCGGGCUGUCGGAACCCCUGGACGACCCUGCCCCCUUCUACACUCCCCAGCGGGACGCAGUAAUGUGCUACCGGACGCCAAAGUACGGGCGCCUCGAGUGGGAGCUCCCCCCAAUGGCCUGCCCCCACCCAGAUCCCGAGCAGCGAGCAUGCCACUUCGCGGUGGCGCUGCUCCAAGGCAGGGUGGUGGGCGGCACUGGGCUGUUCUCAGGCAACCUCGUGGUGCCGGCGGCCAUGGCCACGAGGCCGGAGACACGUUUUCAUGGACAGCUGGGCAGGCUGGUGGAGCAGCUGGCCAGGCACCGCGUGGGGAGCUUGAAGGGCCUGAGGGAGCGGUGGGCGGUGGAGCCCGCGUUCCUUAAGGAGGAAUUGAGGCAGUGGCUGAGGAAACAGUGCAGGGGCAUGCUGGAUGGCUUGUGGGGCUCAUGGACACAUAACUUGGCGUAA